AUGAAUGUGCAUCGUGGCAGUGAGAGUGACAGGUCAUUGCUGCAGGAGGCCAGCUGCCUGAUGGAUGGAACCUCAGCUGCAGCCCAAGAAAAGGAAACUAAUAGCCUGACUUCUGGUCUUCAAAGGCUUGCUUAUCCGCUGACUCCCAGGAGUGAUGACCUUUCACUGGACUAUGCCCCUCAGCCAGCAGGUCUCCAGUUCCCUCACAUGAUGCCACAUCCUGAAGACAGCAAAGGCUCCUGCUUCCCAAGUGGGAACAAACGGAGCUAUGAACCUUUCAUCGCUCCAGAACGAUUUGGAAACAGCACUACGGGCUUUGGCGGUAAUGUUCAUGCCCAGGCGCCAGAGAAAGUGACACUUCUUGUAGAUGGCACACGUUUUGUGGUGAAUCCGCAAAUUUUCACUGCUCACCCGGAUACCAUGUUGGGAAGGAUGUUUGGACCAGGAAGAGAGUACAACUUCACUCGGCCCAACGAGAAGGGGGAGUAUGAAAUCGCCGAAGGAAUCAGCGCAACUGUCUUUCGAACGGUGCUGGAUUAUUACAAAACUGGUAUCAUCAAUUGUCCUGAUGGCAUCUCUAUCCCAGACCUUAGAGAUACGUGUGAUUAUCUCUGCAUUAACUUUGACUUCAACACUAUCCGGUGUCAGGAUCUGAGUGCUUUGUUGCAUGAACUAUCUAAUGACGGUGCUCACAAGCAGUUUGAUCACUACCUCGAAGAACUGAUCCUGCCCAUCAUGGUGGGCUGUGCCAAGAAAGGGGAGCGAGAGUGCCACAUCGUUGUGCUGACAGAUGAGGAUUCUGUGGACUGGGAUGAAGACCACCCCCCUCCCAUGGGAGAGGAAUAUUCCCAAAUUCUUUAUAGUUCCAAGCUCUACAGAUUCUUCAAGUACAUUGAGAAUCGGGAUGUUGCUAAAACAGUAUUAAAGGAACGGGGCCUGAAAAACAUUCGCAUUGGAAUUGAAGGUUACCCCACCUGUAAAGAAAAGAUUAAGAGAAGACCUGGUGGCCGAUCUGAAGUCAUCUAUAAUUAUGUGCAGCGCCCUUUUAUCCAGAUGUCAUGGGAAAAGGAAGAAGGAAAGAGUCGCCAUGUGGACUUCCAAUGUGUUCGGAGCAAGUCCCUCACUAAUCUGGUAGCCGCCGGAGAAGAUGUCCUGGAGGACCAGGAGAUACUGAUGCAUCACCCGCCCCAAGUGGAUGAACUUGACCGGCUAAAUGCCCCCCUUUCUCAGAUGGCUUCUAACGACUUGCAGGAUUAG